UGUACCGCAUCGAGUGUUUGCGCAUUCAUUGGCUGCAUUAGUUGAAUAGUGUACUGUAGAUGUGCUGGUAUUUAUUCCCUUGCCAAGGAUCUGAUGGAAAUAAAAUAAAUAAAAAUCAAUUAACAGUCAUGAAUUAAGAAGUCUUCAAUAUCAGUGGAUUGGCACGCAGAAGGAUUUACGUGUCUUUAUGUAUGCGUACGUGGUCCUAGGGUUCACAUAUGUAGAAGCAGAAUGUGAGCUCGCCGUUGACCUGGUUCUUUGAGCUUCCACCUGUUUCAGUUGACGGCGGCGGUGGUUUGCGGUGACCAUACGUGACGUUGACGGCGCAGUUCAAGGCGUUAUUUUAAAAAGUGCAGUGCAGUGUAGUGUUUGCCUUAUAUAUACCAACAAGCUGAAUCCCAUCAACCCAUAAAAGUUCCGUUCAGUUGAUUUGGCGGUAGAACAGCAAUCGAAAAUACUCUACCAGGCCUGGAAAAAGGAAAUAACCGGGCUAACGCGAGACGGGUGCGAAAAUCAAAGGUGGAAAACAAAGGUGAAAAUAAUUUUCUGCUGCCGUAAUUGUGACCUACCUACCUUUCCUAUUUGUGCUGCGGUUUGUGGAAAGCGUCCGUUAUCGCUGUGCUCAAAAGAAAGAAGAAAAACAACCUAACAAAUUAUCCCAUUUGUGUGAAACGUGAUCGAAGACAAGCAACAGGAAAUUCUGUGUCGAUAAAGUGGGCAUUAGUAUCUAGUUUGAAAUUAAUUAGGAGCAAUAUUUUCGGCAGAAACGGCUGAUCACCGUGGAAGAGGAUUUAACACUGAAGGAAAAAAAAACCGACGGGAAGGAUCGCACUUAGCGUUGAAUGUGAUUUGAAUGAGCGGUUGACCGUAGUCUCAUAAUAGUGGAACCAUAAGUGCUAGAGAGCAGUAAUAACCAUUAGCGCGUCUAGCAAUAGCGUUAGUGUGCGAAAAGCAAGAAGGGCCGCGAAAAAGCAAGUGGCUCGAAAAGAUCCAAAAGCAUUGGGAGGAGAAAAAAAAAGUUUAAAAGUAGCUCUUAAAAAUUAAUUUAGCGCAAGCUGGCUUAAAGUGUAGUGGUGCAAUUAUUCUGAAUAAAAUAUGUGGAAACGGAGUUGCCACGACCUACCGACGCUAAGCUGGGCCACGAUGCUGGUGACGAUGACGCUGAUGCUGCUACAUUUGGUCACCGAAUCGCGAGCGCAGAUAGACUGGGCUGAGGACGAUGACGAUCCAGUAUCGACAACGACGGUAGAGGCUGUACUCGGACGCACGACUUCACUGCCCUGCGACAUCACACCGGACGAAGCCAACGAUCGCGUCUAUAUGGUUCUGUGGUUUCGAGAGAGUGCUGGCAAACCAUUAUACAGCUACGAUGUUCGAGGGAGACAAUAUGCCAAAGCACUCUACUGGUCAGAUGGUGCAGCAUUUGGACCGCGAGCAUAUUUUGUGACAGUAUCGAAGCCUGCUGCACUCACCGUGGAAAAUAUUCAACUGGACGAUGAAGGAGUUUAUCGUUGUCGAGUUGAUUUUCAAAAUUCACCGACCCGGAAUCAUCGGAUAAACCUCACUGUUACAGUGCCACCUCAUCAGAUACUUGUUUACGAUGCAUCAGGCCGCGAUGUAGCAGGAGCAAUUGGGCCUUUACAAGAGGACGAAAAUCUCAUACUGACUUGUGAAGUAAGAGGAGGUCGACCGGAACCUACCGUAACAUGGCUGAAUGGAGAUGAAGUGAUGCAAACAGGUGGUGGAGUAUCGAUGGGACGUCAUGUGACAGUGAAUCGCUUGGAGAUACAUAAAAUAACGCGUGCGGCACUGAACAACACGUACAAAUGUCAAGCGUCCAACACGAACCUGGUGCCGCCGGCUGAACGGAGUGUCCGGGUAGAGAUGCUGCUAAAACCAGUUUCAACGUCUCUGUCGUUCAAACCUAAACAAUUAAUAGCCGACCAAGAGUACAGCUUAUCCUGUGAUGUAGAAGGAUCAGUGCCGGAUACCGAGAUCAGAUGGAUGCAAAACAACCGUGUCUUUUCGAAAGGAACUAAUAAAAUACUUACCAAUAGCUCAGUGGUAACGUCGAUUUUAACCUUUCGACCUAAACCGGAUGACGAUGGAACUAUCCUUAAAUGCGAAGGUUCCAAUCCAAGGCUGCAGAGUUUUGUACUGGAGGAUUCUGUCAUCAUGAAUGUUAUGUACCCACCACAAGUGACACUAAAACUCGGAUCGACGCUUAAUGCGGAAGACAUCAAGGAGGGCGAUGACGUCUACUUCGAGUGUCACAUUAAGGCAAAUCCGAGAGAACACCGCAUUACAUGGUCCCACAAUGGUUUACCAGUGACACAGAAUGUGACAUCGGGGGUGAUUAUUUCGACGCGUUCCCUGGUGUUGCAACGGGUUGGACGAUACCAUUCUGGCAUGUAUGCUUGUUCCGCUGCCAACGACCGAGGCGAGACCCAGAGCGAACCAACAGAGCUGAAGAUCCACUUUGCGCCGGUUUGUGCCUCCAGCAGUAUCAUGAUCGUUGGUGCAUCGCUGGACGAACGAGUUCCGGUUCCGUGCCAUGUAGUGUCCAACCCGCGGGACGUUUCAUUCGAUUGGAACUUCUCAAAUAGUGGCGAGCGCUUUGAGGUAACUAGUGGCCAAUUUAACCUGCUGCAGGAUUUCCACUCCUCAAUCGGGGAUAGCGACGAGUUUGGUGACAGUGCCUCGGUGUACGGCGGUUCGGAAGAGAAUUUAGAAACCAUUUACGAACUGCUUUACACCCCCAAAAGUGAACGGGACUACGGUACGCUGGCAUGCUGGGGGAAAAAUUCGAUUGGAAAGCAACUUGAACCGUGUCUGUUUCAGGUCGUUCCCGCAGCAAAACCAGCCCCGUUGCGCAACUGCACCCUCAGGCCCUACUCAACGUUACUGGGGACACCGCACGGUACUACAUCUAAUUCAUCUGCAGCGUCAGCAUCUUCGUCUUCGUCUUCGUCGUCGACAUCGUUUUACUACGGGUCGCAUGGAAGCAGUAGUGAUUUGGAAACGGCCGCCGCAGCCUCAGCAUCGUUGUCUUCGUCGGUGUUAUCGUCAAACGGAAUCCCUACCAUAGGUCAGCAUUAUCGAGAAUCUAAUUAUAUCAGCACACAAUUCGUUAAAGAUCGGAACGUGUCAAACGAGCGAACGAAUAUUACAAAAUUUAAUCAGAAAAGUACGUUUCACGGUAGCACUGAUGGUGGUGACAUUGUAUUGCGAAGACGUGAACAGAUCAAACAGAAAAAUACCACCCAUGGUUUGGACAGGAUGAGCAGCAAGAUGGGGAUGAGUGGCAGCUAUGGAAGAAUUAGUGCACCUAGUCAUCACAGAGUGGGAUUGACCUCCAGGGAAACCAAUGAUGACGAAGAAGAAGACGAAAGAGGGGAGCCACGGGUGGCAGCUCAAAUAUCGUCUGCACUCGCAGCAACUUCCGCAUCGGGAAAAGUGAGAGGAUCAGCAUCAGCAUCCGGUUCGUCUAGUUUUUCGCCAUCAACAGGAUCAUUCACAGCAUCAUCCUCGUCGGCAUCGACCACCAGUGACGAAGAGAAUAAGAGAAAAACAAUUUCGAAUAAUGAAAGAACUAGCAGCAUGAAUUUGUUUAACACCGUAACGCUAGUCGAAGAGAGCUUCCAAUCUAACUCGUAUUCGACUGUUGGCACUGGAAAUCGGUUCCAAGCAGCCAGAACUACACCCGAUGCUAAUCACAGACUGGCAAAAAGAGAGAAACGUUUUAAUGAAAAUCUAGAAAAUGAAAUAAAUAAAACACAUUUCGACGAUGAUGAUGAAAUUUUCAAUAGCACCACCAGUGGCAAUCAGGAAGACGAGGAUAGCAUCAGAACCAUCCAGGGAAGCAGCAGCAGCAUCAGUAUUAGUAGCAGUAGUAGUAGCAUUAGUUCGAGUACCGGUCCUACCGAAAGGAAUAAUUAUCACAGCACUGCCAGAGAACUACCAAUUGCAGCGAAAUUGAGGUUCGAUAAUAUUCGAUACCACUCCCUGGAAACGGGAGGCAGUGCCAGACACACAGGUGCUGCUGUAGGUUAUAAUCCUAGCGGUAGUGUACAUCCGUUUAACCACUAUAUGGAAAGCGUCGAAAGCAGCGCUCCCACAACGAUGGAGCUCGAGUGUGUUGCCGGAUACGAUGGAGGAUUGCCGCAGCAUUUUUUUCUGGAAGCCUAUGACUCGAGAACCCGCAAGCUUCGGCUCAAUAUCACAAGUGCACUUAGCGAUGUUCCGUUGUUUCGUAUUGAUCUAUCUGAGCUGAUCCCUAGUGAAUCCUAUACACCAACUCUUCACCUGAUUGCGUAUAGUGUAAAUCAGAAAGGACGUUCGGAACCAACGAUUCUUGAGGACAUAGCGAUUAAUGAAGCUGAAAAAAGGACAGACGGAAGCGAUGGCUUUUCAAUUCUCCCGCUUGCGGCUUUACUUACCGGUGCCUUGUUCACCAUCGGCAUCGCUGUCCUGCUGGUCGUGGUCUUGGCCAUACGAAGGAAACGUGACGGUCAUGGUACCGGUUUGUGUGAUGGCAAAGAGAAGCAUAUGGCAGGCAUGGAUAUCACUGUAACCACACCACUGGAAAUGGGAAUGGGUCAGCAGAAAUAUGUGGUCGCCUACACGCUCAAACAGGGCGUCGAAAAGCAGCCGGACAUAUUGAACGCACAGAAAACCCAAGGCUCUGCCAGUAUACAAUCGAUAAAGGACAUUCAGAAGAUGGGUUCCCCGGUGGGAAUAAGACCGGAUGCAUUGUGCAGUUCAGGGACGACAGCAGGGGGUGGUAGCAUAGGGACAAAACAAAGCACAAUCUAUGCCACACAAACCUAUGACCAAAAAUCGACACCUUCUAGUCGGCAGAGCACGUUAAAACGGAAUGAUACUUCCAACACGUACAGUUUGCUACAGCAGCAGCAACAACCGCAUCAUCUCCAGAGUAAACCUCCUCCAGCUACCACCGCUGGUUUACCACAGUAUUCAUCCAGCUACGCAUCUGGUGAAAGCGGACUGUUAGAUUACGACAAACCAUACGGCUAUUCAACACUUCAGUAUAAUCACAAUCCACCACCUCUAGUGGAUCCCUACAGCUAUAAAAGCUCAACGACGGAUUCAACUGAUCCGUUGGACUAUGACAAAAAUCUCGACUAUAGACUGCUUAACAUAUCCAACGAGAUUAAAAAUAGCUCCACCACAAACCAUAUCGAGUAUAGGAACAAUAGCCACAACAGUAGUAACAAUCUGCAAGCCGUUGUAAGUGGCAAUAGUGCAAGUAGUAAUAGACCACUCAUAGGUAGCACGGGCGGAAGUGAUGGUAAUCCGGAGUACCGGUAUUCGGGUUCCGAAUUUGCAACGGAUUUGAUGGAUUUCAGCAACGUUCCAUCACCAUCUUCUUCCACGAACAUUGGAGCGACGCUGUCGAAACACCGAAACCGACAGCAUAUCAUCACCGAUACAUUACCAGGGCCGGAAAGUUGUGUGUAGAGCUACUGUAGGUUAUUAACUUGUAUAGUAGAAGCACAGUAUAUUACAAACAAUAUACAUCUCCAUCAGAUGACGGCGCUUUUCGAAAUUGUCAUAUCAACAAUAACCGUUGUUAAUUACUAGUUAAAUUUGAAAGAGUGUACGAGUGUUGAUGUGUUACGUUAAUUCGAGUUUAUAGGAAAAUUGUGUUCCCUCCGAGUAAAUCGUAAAUCCUGUAGAGUAAUUUUCCAUCGAGACAUGUUCCACCCACGAGCCAGCCACAACGAUUUAUCAGUUGUAUUCAAUCUGAAUGUUUUUGAAUGACUGCAAUUCUCGCAUAACUUAUUAUCUCGCCCUAAAAACUAUUGGUGUACGGAGUGUAUAGCCCGUUGUUUUUAAGCAAA